GAACGCCAUGAGCCUGGGUCCCCGCCGCGCCCGCUCCGCUCCGACCGCCGUCGCCGCCGAGGCCCCCUUUGAUGCCGCAGAGCUCCCCCAGCGCCGCCGCCACCGCCUCCGACAUGGACAAGAACAGCGGCUCCAACAGCUCCUCCGCCUCCUCGGGCAGCAGCAAAGGGCAACAGCCGCCCCGCUCCGCCUCGGCGGGGCCGGCCGGCGAGUCUAAACCCAAGAGCGAUGGAAAGAACUCAAAUGGAUCCAAGCGUUACAGUCGCAAGCGUGAACCUUCCUACCCCAAAAAUGAAAAUUUUAGCAACCAGUCCCGUCGCUCCAAUUCACAGAAAAGCAAAACUUUUAACAAGAUGCCUCCUCAGAGAGGUGGUGGCAGCAGCAAACCCUUUAGCUCUUCUUCUAAUGGUGGAAGACGAGAUGAGGUAGCAGAGGCUCAACGGGCAGAGUUUAGCCCUGCCCAGUUCUCUGGCCCUAAGAAGAUCAACCUGAACCACUUGUUGAAUUUCACCUUUGAACCCCGUGGCCAGGCAGGUCACUUUGAAGGCAGUGGACAUGGCAGCUGGGGAAAAAGAAACAAGUGGGGACAUAAGCCUUUUAACAAGGAACUUUUUUUACAGGCCAACUGCCAGUUUGUGGUGUCUGAAGACCAGGACUACACAGCUCAUUUUGCUGACCCUGACACCUUAGUCAACUGGGACUUUGUGGAACAAGUGCGCAUCUGUAGCCAUGAAGUGCCAUCUUGCCCAAUAUGCCUCUAUCCACCUACUGCAGCCAAGAUAACCCGCUGUGGACACAUUUUCUGCUGGGCAUGCAUCCUGCACUAUCUUUCACUCAGUGAGAAAGCCUGGAGUAAAUGUCCCAUCUGCUACAGUUCUGUGCAUAAGAAGGAUCUCAAGAGUGUUGUUGCCACAGAGUCACGCCAGUAUGCUGUGGGUGAUACCAUUACAAUGCAGCUGAUGAAGAGAGAGAAAGGAGUGUUGGUGGCCUUGCCUAAAUCCAAGUGGAUGAAUGUAGACCAGCCUAUUCAUCUAGGAGAUGAACAGCACAGCCAGUACUCCAAGUUGCUGCUGGCCUCUAAGGAGCAGGUGCUGCACCGAGUAGUUCUGGAAGAGAAAGUAGCGCUGGAGCAGCAGCUUGCAGAGGAGAAGCACACUCCUGAGUCCUGCUUUAUCGAGGCUGCUAUCCAGGAGGUUAAGAUUCGGGAAGAGGCUCUGUCUGGAGUAGCUGGAGGCAGAGGGGAGGUCACUGGUGUUGUGGCUGCUCUGGAACAACUGGUGCUGAUGGCUCCCCUGGCAAAGGAGUCUGUUUUCCAACCCAGGAAGGGUGUGCUAGAAUAUCUGUCUGCUUUCGAUGAAGAAACUGCAGAAGUUUGUUCUCUGGAUUCCCCUCGUCCUCUUGCUCUCCCUUUGGUAGAAGAAGAGGAAGCAGUGUCUGAGCCAGAACCUGAGGGGUUGCCAGAAGCCUGUGAGGAGUCAGAGGUAGCAGAUGACAAUCUUGGGGAGGGGACCAUUUGUACUGAGUCAAGCCAGGAGGAACCCAUCACUACACCAGGCUUCACCCAGCUGAGCAGCUCUCCUUGUUACUACUUCUACCAAGCGGAGGAUGGACAACACAUGUUCCUGCACCCUGUCAAUGUGCGCUGCCUUGUGCGGGAGUAUGGCAGCCUGGAGCAAAGCCCAGAGAAGAUCUCCGCGACGGUGGUAGAGAUUGCUGGGUAUUCCAUGUCUGAGGAUGUUCGACAGCGCCAUAGGUAUCUCUCUCACUUGCCACUCACCUGUGAGUUCAGCAUCUGUGAACUGGCUCUGCAGCCUCCUGUGGUCUCUAAGGAAACUCUCGAGAUGUUCUCAGAUGACAUUGAGAAAAGAAAGCGUCAGCGCCAAAAGAAGGCUCGAGAGGAGCGUCGCCGAGAGCGCAGAAUUGAAAUGGAGGAGAACAAGAGACAGGGCAGGUAUCCUGAAGUCCACAUUCCCCUAGAGAACCUUCAGCAGUUUCCUGCCUUCAAUUCCUAUACCUGCUCCUCUGAUUCUGCUUUGGGUCCCACCAGCACAGAGGGCCAUGGGGCCCUCUCCCUUUCUCCUCUUAGCAGAAGUCCAGGUUCUCAUGCAGACUUUCUGCUGACCCCUUUGUCACCCACUACCAGUCAGGGCAGUCCCUCCUUCUGCGUUGGGAGUCUGGAAGAAGACUCUCCCUUCCUUUCCUUUGCCCAGAUGCUGAGGGUCGGGAAAGCAAAAGCAGACGUGUGGCCCAAAAACGCUCCAAAGAAAGAUGAGAAUAAUAGCUUGGUUCCUCCUGCCCCUGUGGACAGCGAUGGGGAGAGUGAUAACUCUGACCGUGUUCCUGUGCCCAGUUUCCAGAAUUCCUUCAGUCAAGCUAUUGAAGCAGCCUUCAUGAAGUUGGACACACCAGCUACUUCAGACCCCCUAUCUGAAGACAGAGGAGGAAAGAAACGGAAGAAGCAGAAACAGAAGCUCCUAUUCAGCACCUCGGUUGUCCACACCAAGUGACACUACUCACCCAGGCACCUUCUCCAUCUGGUUUCUUUUCUGUGCUUUUGUUUUGCUGCUGUAAUUUUUAAGUAUUUGAGUUUGAACAGAUUGAUUAGCUUGGGGCGGGAGGGGGGGGUUCCACAAUGUGAGGGAAACCAAGAAAAUUUUAAAUACAGUGUAUUUUCCAGCUUCCAGUCUUUACACCAAAAUAAAGUAUUGACACUCACAAGAGA